UGAAGAUAAGCCAAAACCCUAACCCUAGAUCUCUAUCCUCCUCCAAUGGAGGUAGAUCCCAAUCUCUCCUUGCUCCGGCGAAACCUCAAGGUCGACGACCCCUGGAUCUCUCCUAAGACCUGGGAAUCCAUUAGCUCGGAGAGCGGUGGCGGGGCUGCCCCAUCCUCUAAACUCCGGCAACGCGAAGACCCGAUCUAUGACACGCCCAUCGUCUCGGAAUCGGCUUUGGUUCGUCUAGCGAUAAAUGCAUUGCUAGGUGUGAAGUCAGCUCUAGUUGAGAUCGAUAAGCUCUCUACCGAGUUUUCCGUGAGCCCGGCGGACCGGACUUCUCAUCGGAUUCCUGAUUUCUGGCGACGGUGGUCGAGCACCAGUGCACUGGCCAAGCUUCUGAAUUCCUUUUUCCACUCCGGCCUCGUGUUCUUCCUUCUCCAAAGGUUUGUAGACUAUAAUUCCUCUGAGGGUCACAAUGCCACGCAAAGUCUUGUAAAUCAAGCAUUCUCGGUAGCUGUUGGAAAGGUUUUGGAAGGGUAUGUUUGUGCUCUGAAUACUCUGUUGGCCUCUGUUAAACUGAGGCGUUCUUCGAGUGGAGUCACUGCAGAGGAGAGUUCUCUGGAUGGGGUAGGCAGUCUCACGAGUGUUGUGCAUUCUGAAGUUACGGUUUUGGAGGUUUUCUUGCAUACUAAGGAGUUGAGGACUCGGAUUGAGGCUCUUGGAAACAUAUGUUUUGCUGAUGUUGUUAAUCUUUCUAGAGAAGAUUUGAGUGUUGAUGUUGAGAUAGAAUUCAGCAAGUUUCCAAGAGGAGCAGAUCUGCUUUCAUAUUUGUAUGUUCAGCUCCGAGAUGCUGAUCCAGUCCAUUAUGCGCUUCUCAAGUUCCUAUUCAUUUGCUCGUCUGACCCAUAUUGUGGGUUCAUUAAGUCAUGGAUUUAUCGAGCAAGCAUUGCUGAUCCUUACAAGGAAUUUCAUGUUGUGGAUUCAGAUUCAGAUGGUGCAACUAGUUCAAUCACUAAAACUGGGCCUCUUGAUGAUUUAUCAUUGGCAUAUGUCAAGGAGCUGGAUUUUAUUUCUGUUCCUUGUUUUCUAGAAGAUGCUUCUCGCCCACUUAUACGAGCUGGACAGCAACUUCAGGUUCUUGUGAAACUCCUGAAGUUGUGCAACUAUGGAAUUUUUGGAUAUAACAACUAUGGAAGAGAAAAUGACCCAAAGGAUUUGCCAAAUCUUGAAGAUGUUCUGCCUUGUUGGGAAGGAGUAUCAAGUGAUUCUGCAUUUCUCCUGAAUCCCAUGAUGUUUUGUAGAAAAGACUUGGGGGAUUUAGUUGAGAAAAGAAACACUAUGUACCAAAUGAUGCUGGAUAAGCUUCAUCAUUUUUUCACAAAAUUAGAUGUCAAAUAUCAUCAGUUAGGUUACACAGGAAUUCCAUGUCCUUCUAUGCCUUCUUCUGAUUGUAAAAGGAAUGGUAUGGAUAGUUCCUUAUCUUUGCCACUUGAUCUGGACUUAAUUUGGACUCCAACAAUCCAUGAACAAGGGGCUUCUGGGGCUGAAGCUCAAAAGGAUAAUGAUGAUUCUAGCACAUCUGAUGACCUCUGUUAUGUUGUUGAUCCCUCACAGUUGUCAGACUCUUCAUCUUUUGAUAGUUGUGAAGAUGAAGAUGCGCCCAGUGUGCUUGGCAUUUCAUCGCAGCCAGAUGCUUAUCUUCUUUCGAGGGUGUCCAUUUGUUAUGACAGUAGAAAUGUGCUGCAGAAGUUAUGUGAAACUGUUAGACCAAACUCUUUGCACCCAUCACACCACAAUAGUUCCGAAGGUCCUGUUCAAGUUUCUCCUCUUGUGCACCCUAAUCAUGAAGAUGUGGAACUCGGCAAAAUUUCUACCGGUCAACAAUUUGGGGAUUCAAAGUGUUCUAAAAUAUUAAAAACCAUAAAUGAAGGUUUUCAAUCUGGUAAGUGCUGGCCAUUAGGAGGUCUUCUUGAGAAUCCUUUUUAUGCCAAUAUGAAGUACAAGAGUCCAAAACAACUACAUUUCACUGAGUUUGUCUCUGAGAUAGCUGAUGAGAACUCAGACAACAUUGACAGUGGGAAAUCAUAUUUUCAUGAAGUGUUUGUUUCUGAAAGUUCUGAACUGGAUCCAUUUAGGCGGAUCAAACUCAUGAAUGACACUUUUGGGGGUCAAUCUAAGGGUAUUCCAGAGCCAUGGGCUUGCCAUGACUCGUAUGACCUCAGCACUAAUCCAAUUUUGAGAAAAUCAUCAUUUCUACAUUCAACAUGGAACUUGAGAGACAGAAGCUCUUUGAAUAAAAAGGGGUCUUUUUUUUCGUACUUCGAUUUUUCUUCUGUUUCAGAUCCUUGUAAGGUCUACUCUGAGCAUGAGUUUCAAGUUGAAGCUCCUAUUCCUACAGAGUCAGGUGUUCCUUCUCCAGGAACAGAGAGUGUUUCCUCUGAACAAUGUGCUCCAAAACAUAUGACAGAUAAAUUAACAAUAAAAACUGUAAUUUCAUCAAAUGAGGAUUUCCAGAAGGAACCCCUGCAAAAUGCUUCCUCUGGGGCAAAUUGGGAGGGAUCACUAAGUUAUUCAGGUGAAAAUUCCACAGUUAGUACACGAGAUAAGUGUGGCUUAUUUGCUGCAUAUGAGACACCCCUGGAUGUUGUCAUCAGCAAAUGCAUAGUGCAAGGGAUCAUGCUUCAAUAUAAUUAUGUGAGCAACUUCACUAUCAAAUUGCUCGAGCAGGGAUUCGAUCUACAUGGACAUUUGUUGGCAUUGCGCCGGUAUCAUUUUAUGGAACUGGCAGACUGGGCGGAUUCUUUCAUUCUUUCUCUUCGUAAUCAAAAAUGGUAUGGUAUUGAACCAGAGCAGAAAAUAACUGAAAUCCAAGGACAGCUUGAUUUAGCUCUAAGGAGGUCUUCAUGUGAGAAUGAUCAAUACAGAGAACGAUUGUUUUUAUUUAUGAAGGGGAAGAAUUUAACUGCCCGACCACAUUCCACAACUGGCAUCCAUUGGUUUGAUUUUCUAGUACUUGGAUACAGAGUGGAUUGGCCUGUCAGUGUUGUUAUAACUCCAGAGGCAUUGGAAAUAUAUGCUGGGAUAUUCAGUUAUCUCAUUCAAAUCAGGCUUGCUGCUUUUUCAUUGGCUGAUGUUUGGUGCAGCUUAAAGACCCUGAUGUAUCCAACCUGUCACAACAGAAAUUUGAUGCAUGGUGAAAUGAAGGAUUUCAAUAUUUUAAUAAAAAUGAGGCAACAAAUUGACCAUUUUGUGUCUACAUUGCAACAUUAUGUGCAUUCCCAGUUGUCACAUGUGUCAUGGUCCCAUUUCCAACAUUCACUUAAGUACAAGUAAAUAAGUGUCAUGGGAGUACCCUGCUGUUUCACUAGUUGUGGCCAUUUUCAUAAACGAAGGAAGUAUUUUGAUAUUUGGACUCUGGAAUUGGGAUUUUGGAAAUAGGCACUUGAAGCACAGCAUUUGCGGGCAUGUUUUUGCAUUUCAGAAUUUCCCACUUAGCAAAAUAUUACAAGACCUGUCGCUAUAAAUAUCUUGUUUUGUAUUGUUCAUUAAAUUUUGGGCUUAAAGCUGAAGGGAAAUCAGGUUUGACUUAUCUGAUCACACCAAAUAUUUUGCCCCUUCCUACCAAUUAUAUAUAUA